UAAGCACGUGAAGGUGAAUGACUGAAAGGAUAAAAGGAAGUUAAACGAAUGUAUAUACUAACACUAUACUGCGAUCGUGGCUGGGAGACAAUGCGCCUGAAGUCAUAGACUAAACGGAAAAGUAGGUGAGCAAACGUUCCUCCUCCAUGCAACAAGCAGGAGCAGACGACAUAUUGAAUAUUGUGCCAUCAUCAUACAGCCAGAGCAGUAUACGACAAUCUUACGUCGCCUUUGUUUGCUGUAAAUCAAGAAUACCAUACAACACGUCCUGACAAUUUCUUGCUUAAUUCUUCUGUCAAAUUUUGCUCAUAGAUUUUUUUUUUGCAUCUUUUCCAUGGUUCAUCUGUCGAAGAGAUAUGUUUUUGUCGAAUUAAGAUGCGAGAUGUUUAUGUGUAGGCCUAUUGUGUGACAUUCGAGAUGCAAUUGCGGGCAGAAGAGUCCAUAUAGCACGUAUGACAAUGAACAGACGACCCAUUGAGAGACUAUGGAGUACAUGACAUGAUGAAAACGUAUCUGGAUGACGAGAAUACAGAUUUUGCAGAUCGAGUCAGAAAAUUCGUCAGCUUCUAGUCUUAACAAGAUAUUUUACAACGAAAUCUGUGAUAUAGGAUCAAGAUCGAGAUGGUAAGAGAGGGAGCGAGAUUCAUCCUCGCUGCGAGGUUUACCUUCUACUGCAUGGAGAUCGGACUGGCCAAGUCAUUUGGUGUCCUCGUUCCCGAACUGGAAGAACAACUUCAGACAUCGAAUGCUAUUGUUGGUCUCAUCACAUCACUGUCAUUAGCUGUUAUGUGUCUAGGAUCUCCGAUAGCAAAGAUCAUGUUACAUCGAUGUCCCUAUCCACGGAUUCUGACGUCAACUUGCGGUCUGGUAGCUGGAUCUUCACUCGUCGCAUCGUCUUUCACGCGAAACCUCUUGAUCUUAGGCCCCCUUUUCAUCACCUUAGGGUUAUGCUGCUCGGUUAUAAAUCUUCAAGCACUUGUCCUGUUGCACGAAUACUACCAGGAGGAUUUCCCUUUCGUCAGUUGCAUCUCUGUUCUUGGUAUUCCAUUCGGUGCUGCGAUAUUACCUCCAAUUACUGAGAAGUUCUUGGAACACUAUGGUUUAAGCGGAGCCUUGCUGAUACUAGGAGGGCUCAUCCUCAACAUGGUACCUAUUGGUCAGGUGCUGAAGGUCCCAAAGACAAGCAGAUCUGUUUUAGAUGACAAAGAUCGGAAUAAUCUAACUAAGUUGGAGACGCUUUUGGUGAAAACACCAGAAGAAACUCGCGAAAACUCCAAGUACUCCCAAUUAUCCGACCAAGAUGACAGCAAGAAAGGAGACCAGAAAAUCCAUUCUCAGACAGAUAGAUACGGACAAAGGCUGAAGGAUAAUUUCGUUAUGCAAAAUGGAGAAGCAGAACUGGAAUCGAAGGAAUGCACUGUACCUUCUAACUGUGCAAGACCAAAGGAAUGCCCACAAAUUUGCAAUGACACACUGACAAGUUCACCCACCAAAGAUACACCAGAAACUUCUCUAUUAAAGACUCCUGCAAACGGUAUAGAAGUCAUCCGGCCUUUGCACAGAAGGAACCCUUCACCAUGUCUGACUUUCUUUCACAUCGAUGUCCUAAUCAAGGAACCACUUUUCUCACUCUUUUACCUUCCAUGUGUUUUCCUCUUAUUCUUGGUAACAGGUGGAUGGGCGCUUUUCAUCGUCGUGUAUGCCUUAGACCACGGAAUUGACAUUGCCCGAGGAACCUACCUUGCAACAUCUGGAGCUGUUGGAGGGAUCAUUUCUUCAAUUCUUAUGUCCAUUGGUCUUCGUUACCGCCCCGAAUUAAGCCCAUAUUACUGGAUCGCGAACCAGGCACUUUACGCUGUCAUGAUUUUCUUACAAGUGCUUCACUCUUCCUAUGCCUACCUUUUAGUCAUGUCAUUUUUUAUCGGAUUUGGUCUCUUUGGGGUGAAUGUAGUUAUUGAGGCUGUUUUGUCAGAAGUCGUUGAGAAAGAAAACUUUCCUGAUGCCGGCAAUCUGUUUUUCUUUGCUGUGGGUAUCGGAUACAUCUCUGCAGGUUACAUUUCAGGUUUCGUCCAAGAUCGAACAGGUAACAGUAAAAUGCUUUUCAUCUUCCUUGGAGUGAUGUCCAUGAUAGGUCUUAUACUCUUCUCAGCCAUGGUUAUCCUAUUUAAGAGAAGGCAGACGAUGAAUACUAAGGACUCAGAUGAGACUGAAGAUCAUCAAGCAGAUGAAUCGAGCAGUCUUUGACCCUUGGACUCAAUGGACUGUGUAUCGUCGUUUGACCCUUUUUGAUCUGUAUAUGAACAUGAUGAAUCUUGUAAUGAUUUGACAUUCCUUGGGGCCGUUUCAUUAAGCUGAUCAUAAAUUACGCAUGACUUCAUGUACGAUUGGUUACCUGCUGUUACGGUGGCUAUUAAUUAUCACUUAAUAUUUAAACAUUUGUAAAAAUAAUACCUCAGUAAAAGUAUAGAGGUAUAGCGCCCCUGUACAUGACCAUGAUGACAUCACUUUAUUUGCAUAACUUGUGGUCAUGCCCAAGGCGUGGCAUACUUUUGGUAGAAGGGCUCAGGAAGCAGAAGUGCUAAUCAAGAACUCUCACUAGAAAUUCAUAAUUUGGGGGUACAUAACAGUUGGUGAGUUUAUAAUUUUCGUGUAUUGUAUUGUAAAACUUUAUGAUUAUGCAUUUCAUACUUUAUGAUUAAGGAUUUCUAAAAGAAAAUAGUAAUAUUGCAAAGUUUGUAGAAGAAUAUAUCUUUUUUUUUCUCUCUAUUGGAAUAUUAUGUGCAUAAAGUUUUUUUUUUCUCUCUAUUGGAAUAUUAUGUGCAUAGAGUGUGGAAUUAUUAGAAAUGGAAAUGGUAAAUGUUGACACCCAUACCUACUUAUGGGAAG